AUGUCUGUAGCUGUACCAACUCAAACUCAAAAUGCUACACGAAAACUUGGUAAAAAUGAACUUCAUUUAAUUGGUUCUAAUUUUUGGAAUAUUCGUGGUUGUCGUAAAUAUCUAAAAAUGAUUGAUGUUGAAACACAAAUGUCAAUAAUACAAUUACAUACUGGAAAAUUUCUUAUUAUUGAUACAAUUGAAAUGAAUAAUUGUCUUCGACAAAAAAUUGAUAAAUUAACAAAUAAUGGAGAUAAUAUUGAAGCUGUUAUUGGCACACAUCCAUUUCAUACAUUAUCAUUUCAAGCUUUUUAUAAAGUAUAUUCAAAAGCAGCUUAUUAUGGUACACCAAGACAUUUACAUCGAUUAACAAAAAUUCCAUGGGCAGGAGAUCUUAAUGAUUAUAAUGUUAGAAAAAAAUGGGAACCAGAUAUUGAAAUGCGUAUUCCAGCAGGAGCUGAAUUUAUUAAUCCUCAACCUGAAUCAACAAAUCAUUUUGUAAGUGUUUUUGUUUAUCAUACAGCAUCACAAACUCUUCAUGUUAAUGAUACAAUUAUGUAUGCUGAAAAGCCUGGUUUUUUACUUAAAUUAUUUGGUUGUAAAGAUGGUGCAAUAGCAUUUCAUCCAUCAAUUAAAACUUCAGGUUUAUAUUCAACACGUGAUGCACCAUAUUUAUUUCGUGACUGGAUGCAUCAUUUACUCUACGAUUGGCCUUUUGAAAAUAUGUGUUGUGCACAUAUUGGUGUUAAACUUGGUGGAGCAUAUACUGAUGUUGUGACAUUACUUCAUAAUAGUGAACCUCUAUUUGCUGAACUUAGUGAGAAAAAUCGAAAAAGAAUUCCUCUUGGUAGAACAUCAUCUAGUGAUCAAACGCAUAUAAAUAUUAACGAUAAUGAAUGUGGAUAA